AUGUCUUCCAAAUCGUCCAAGAAGCGCGAUGGCGCUUCAUCGUCUAAAAUCAAUGAUACGCGUUUCGCCAGCUUCGAGACUGACCCUCGAUAUGCCCUCCCCUCCAAGAAGAAAUCCAAGACAACUAUCGAUAAACGAUUCUCGCGCAUGCUGAAGGAUGACGAAUUCACCGCUGUCUCUAGAGUCGACAAGUACGGACGAAAAAUCAAGUCCGAUUCCAAGAAGAAGGCGCUGCAGCGAUUGUAUCAGGAUCAAGACGAGGAUGAAGAUAUCGAAGUCGAAGACGAUGACAUUGUCCAGCGGGAGCUGGAGAAGGCUGAGGCGAAAUAUGAUCCGGCGAGAGGAGGCGGCUUCUCUUCCUCGGAAUCUGAUACAGAAUCUGACGAGGAGUCCACCGACGAGGACGACGAACACGUGCACGAAGAGGCAGGCAAAGCACCCGAUAUGCAGAAGUACCGAACGCAGCAGUCAGAAGUGGAGACCGGAGAAGUAACGAACCGCAUCGCUAUCGUCAACAUGGACUGGGACAACAUCAAAUCGGUUGACCUGAUGGCUUUGUGUAAGAGUUUUGUGCCCAUAAGUGGGCGCAUAGAGAAGGUCUCCAUUUACCCAUCGGAAUUCGGCAAGGAGAGAAUGCAGCGAGAGGAGCUGGAGGGCCCACCGAAGGAGAUUUUUAAGAAGGACAAGGCCAACCACGAUUCAGACGAGUCCGAGUCCGAAGAUGAUGAGGGGUCAGAGGACGAGAGCGACCCAGCCGACGACAGUGACGAGGAGGCCAAGCGCGAUCUUCUGAAAGAGGGCAACGAUGAGGACUUCGACAGUGAUGCGUUGCGGACAUAUCAGCUCGACAGGUUACGGUACUACUAUGCAGUCAUGGUCUGCUCAGACAAGAAUACGGCACAGAAAAUUUACGAAGCGACGGACGGCUCUGAAUAUCUCUCGUCCUCGAAUUUCUUGGAUCUGAGGUUCAUACCCGAUGAUGUCACUUUUGACGACGAGCCUCGAGAUGAAUGCGACACAGUCCCCAACGAUUACAAGCCAGUCGAGUUCGUGACCGACGCUCUCCAACACUCAAAGGUCAAACUCACAUGGGACGUGGAUCCCGAGGAAGUUAAACGCAAGGAGUCCAUCAAAACUGCCUUCAGUGGAAGCAAGAACGAUAUCGCAGAGAAUGACCUGCGAGCCUAUCUGGCAAGCGAUAGCGAGGAGGAAGAAGACGAAGACGAAGACGCCACGGAAAAGGCUACAGCCGAGCCAAAGCUCAGCAAGAAGGAGUUGGCCCGCAAGAAGAUGCGGGAAGCUCUCGGCCUAAGCGAUGACGCAGGCAAAGCUUCUGACAGUGGUCCUGUAGGAGACAUGGAGAUUACAUUCACCCCGGCAUUAACAGAAAGCUCCGGUGCAAAGGACCCGGAGACCGAAACCACCGCCGAAAAGUACAUCCGCAAGGAGCGUGAGCGGAAGGCCCGGAGGAAAGAGCGAGCCGCCGCGACCCGGGGAGAGGAUACCAACAAGGAUGCGACAAACGGGCCAGAGGAGGACCUUGGAUUCGACGAUCCCUUCUUCACCAUUGAGGAGCCCAAACCGGCCUCAAAAGCCCAGCUACACAAGGAAGAGCGCCGUAAGAAGAGGGAGGCCAGGGAGGCCGAGGAGAAGAAGAGCGCUGUUGACAGGGCGCAGCUGGAACUGCUCAUGGAGGAUAAUCACGACGAGGAGACAGGCCAACUGAAGCAUUUCAACAUGGAUGAGAUCAUCAAGGCCGAGAAGAAGAAGAACAAGAAGAAAGCCAAGACAGGCAAGAAGGAUACUGUUGACGCAGGAGGACUACAGGAGAAUUUCAAGAUCAACGCGGGUGAUGAUCGUUUCAAGGCCCUAUUUGAGGAGCACGAAUUUGCUAUCGACCCGUCCGACCCCAAGUUCAAAGCCGCAUCUGGUAUGAAGCAACUUGUAGAGGAGGGCAGAAAGAAACGAAAACAUGGGGCUGGUUCUGAUGGCCCUGAGGAGCCAAGGCAGAAGAAGCCCAAAAAAGUCAGAUCUGGCCAGGACUUGGACAGCCUGGUCACGUCACUGAAGAAGAAGGCUGGGGUUAAGAAAUAG